UCAUUCUCACAGAUGAAACCUGAAGAGAUAAAUGUAGAAGACAACAUUUCCACAGUGAAGCAAUUUCUCCUACUGGGAUUCUAUGAGCUCCCAACCCUCCAAGGAUUCCUAUCCGGAGUGUUCUUCGUUGUUUACUUAAUUAUUGUAUUUGGAAAUAGCCUCAUCAUCCUGAUCACCGUAUCUGACGCUGAGCUCAAGAAACCCAUGUAUUUUUUCCUGGCACAUUUUUCUUCUUUGGAAAUCUGUUAUGUAUCUGUCACUGUCCCCAAGAUUAUGGUCAAUAUUUGGACACAGAAGAGAAGCAUCUCCCUGCUGGAUUGUGCUACCCAAAUGUGCUUUUUUUUUAUUCUGGGAACUUCAGAAAGUCUUCUCCUGUCUGCGAUGUCCUAUGACCGCUACGUGGCCAUCUGCAACCCACUCCAAUAUCCUCUGGUCAUGAACCCAAAGAAAUGCGUUCAGCUGGUCAUUGGCUCCUGGUUCAGUGGAAUGCCAAUCCAGAUAGAACAGACAUGUCAAAUAUUCUCUUUGGAUUUCUGUGGUGCUAAUGAAAUUGACCACUUUUUCUGUGACUUACCUCCCAUUAUCAAGCUAGCCUGUGGGGACACUUUCAUGCACGAGCUGUCUGUCUAUGUAGUAGUUAUUUUGGUCGGUGCCAUCCCCUUCAUAUUGAUCAUUGUUUCUUACAGCAAAAUCGUUUCCACCAUUCUGAGUCUUCCAACAGCCAGUGGACGUAGUAAGGCUUUCUCCACAUGUUCUUCCCACCUGCUGGUUGUGCUUCUGUUUUUUGGAUCUGCGAGCAUCAUGUACUUUAGACCAAAAUCCAAGCAUUCCGCAGGAAUUGACAAACUGUUCUCUCUUUUCUACACCAUUGUGACGCCCAUGUUCAACCCACUGAUAUACAGCCUUAGGAACAAAAAGGUGAUUGCAGCACUGAGAAAACUGUUCUUUAAAACCUAG